AGACGGUACUUUCUUAUAAGUUCUCUAUUUAUUGCCCAUAUGAGAUCUUCUUUUCUUCGUCUUCAACUUCAACUCCCAAAAAUCCUUUCUUGAUCCUUCUUUUUGUCUUUCUUCAGAUUCUUGGAAAUAAGCUUCAAAGCAUCAAGAAACGGGCGUUGGUGUUGACGAUAGCAAAAUGCCUUGUCUUUACAUUACAACUAACGUCAAUUUGGACGGCUUUAACACCGAUCCUUUCUACUCGGAAGUGGCGAAAGCCGUUGCUUCCAUCGUUGGACGGCCUGAUAACUUGGUGAUGGUGGUGUUGAAGGGGUCAAUAGACAUAGUGUUCGGUGGAAACAAAGAAGCAGCUGCGUAUGCAGAAAUUGUGUCGAUGGGAGGCAUCACCAAGCAGGUUAAGAGACAACUUAUCGCAACCGUUGGUUCUAUUCUUCACACUCAUUUCUCUAUUCAUCCCACUCGUUUUAUCUUUAAAGUUUUUGAUAUUAAUUCUUUGCCUCUUCCUUCUAAACUAUAGUUUUAUGAUCUGUCUACUAUUGUUCAUCAACCAUAAAAUCUUCAACAUAUACUUUUUUCGAGUUAACGAACAACACAUGCACUGUACCAUUAAUUGUAUGUUUACAGGCUUUAUUAUAUUAUCAUAUCAUCAUCCAAUAUAAGAUCUUGACCAUAUAA